AGUGUUGUUGCUGUCUCAGAGUGGUGCCUCCGCAGACAAACUUUUGCAGACAAACCAUGACCACAAAGCGACCUCUAUAAUACCGAGAACCGGUCCUGUGCUUCCCCUGUGAGGAUGAACAUGGAUGAGAAGCAGGAGGGGAUGCUGAUGAAGUGUAGUGGGGCAGUGAACCUGGACCCCGCCUCCAGGGCUCUGGGGUGCCAGGGAUUGGACAGGAGGCGGGGAGGAGGCGGGUUAGUGGAGCUGACGCUGGACGGGCGGUCUUUGGCCCACCACGCCCUGCUAGUAGGGGAUGAGGAUGAAGAGGAAGAGGAGGGCCUUGAGGAGCGGUCGGUCCUCCCGCACUGCCUUGCCCCUCUGGAUGAGCUAAUGCUGCAUGAGGAGACGGUGAGGCAUAAUGCGGAGGAGGAAGUGGAGCUCCGUCCCCUGCUCCACCACAAGCUGCUGAACCCCCUUCAUCUGCCAGUUGGCAUUAAACAAGAAAUCAAGCAGUUUGAUGCUGGGAUGCAGAUGAAGAAGGAGAGGAAACAGCCAAGGGAACUUACUGAUUGUCCCAAGAAGAAAAAGAGAAAACAGAAGCCUCCUGCCAAGAUUCUUACAAUUAAUGAAGAUGGGUCUCUGGGCCUUCAGAGUCCAAAGUCACAUGUAUGUGAACACUGCUCUGCUGCCUUCCGAACUAACUACCAUCUGCAAAGGCACGCCUUCAUUCACACAGGGGAGAAACCGUUUCAGUGCAGCCAGUGUGACAUGCGCUUCAUCCAAAAGUACCUACUUCAAAGGCAUGAGAAGAUCCAUACAGGCGAGAAACCGUUCCGCUGUGAUGAGUGUGGGAUGAAGUUUAUUCAAAAAUACCAUAUGGAGAGGCACAAGAGAACGCACAGUGGGGAGAAACCCUACCAGUGCAACUACUGCCAGCAGUACUUUUCCAGGACCGAUCGGGUUCUGAAGCACAAGCGGAUGUGCCAUGAAAACAGGAGCAGGAGAGCCAGCAAAGCUGCCGCUAAAGAUGGACAGCCCGGCAGCGAGGACGACCUGGGCCUCUCUUUCCCCACCAGCGACAGCUCAUUGCUGAAGAAAAAGAGGCAGAAGGCCGGUGAAAAGCACCGGGGUUCAGCCGGUCUUCCAGAGAAAAGUGGCGACAGCGAGGAGAAACAGGACCAGAGGCCGUCGCUCUACGGCCUUGCCUCGAAGGUGAAGCACGAGUAUGUGGUUGCGGAGUAUUCGGUAGAGCUUCCCGGUUCUCAGAUUGACAGCAGCAGGGGGGGGGGGUUGUCCCUUUCCGAGAGCAUCCAGCCCCCCAAACUUGUGCUGAAAAAGGUUGUGAACAAACAGAGCCAGAGGCAACCCGCGGAGCAGCCGGACGACCUGUCGCCCUUGUCCUCCUUUGAGGAUGGGAAGGUCACCAGGUAUACCUUUGAGCUUGUGGACAAGGAGAAACUCCUGGACACAGAGACCCACGCGGAUAUGGAUGCUGUCGACACGAUUCAGGGAGCCACAAGCAAGCCGGCGACAAGCAGCACCAACUACGAUGAUGCUGUGCAGUUCCUGAAAAAGAAGAGGUACCUGCAGGCGGCUGGCCCUAGCUCUGCCCGAGACUGCAGUUUGAAUGUGGGGACAAGAACCUCGCAGACCACUGUCGCUCAGACUGCAGGGGCAAGCAUCAUGGAUGAUGGUGCCUCUGCCUCAAUUUUGGACACCCAGGCCCUGAAGGCAGAGAUCAAGACCAACCAUGACAAGAACGUCCUACCUGAUGAGGUGCUGCAGACCCUCCUGGACCACUACUCCAACAAGGCCAAUGGCCAGUCGGAGAUCUCUUUCAGCGUAGCCGACACGGAAGUGACCUCUUGCAUAUCCAUCAACUCGUCCGAUAUGUCUGAGGUCAGCCAGACAGAGGCCCUGGGGAUGAGCUCCCAGGCACCACCUGCUGAGAAGGCCAGCAUGCUGCAGGAGUACUCCAAGUUCCUCCAGCAGGCGCUGGAGAGAACUAGCCAGAACGACACCUAUUUGAACACACAGAGUCUCACGUUUGUUACCGAAAGUCAGCCCCUUUCAAGCCAGCCUUUGUUCUCUACCGUCGAUAAACAUUACACCUCCUCCAGCCGCUUACGGUUAGCGAUGAACUCUCCUCUGAGGUCCUCCUCCGAGAAAUCGCACUUCGGGCUUCUCGUCGGAGACUCCCAGCACUCCUUCUCAUUUUCAGGGGAUGAAACAAAUCCCUCCUCGGUUUCCCCAGGCGAUGACUUUCUCGAGCAGGUAUCGUCUCCGAAAAAGCCCGAUACUCAUGCGGUCAACACAACUUUUCAGAUGGGCACCUUUGAGCACAACUUUCGAUCUCACUUUCAGAGCGCUCGGUCUGGAAUUUCAUCCCAGUCGAGCUUCUCCAAUGGACCACUGCGCGGGCAUGAGGGUGGUACAGAUUUCCCAGAAUUCCCUCUGGCUAAUGUCACUGAUAACAGAACUCGGCUGACAUCAUCCCCGGAUUCUACGGGAAGCCAAACGUUUGGCUGAAAAAAAAAAAAAAA